AUGCCGUUCACACCAGACGAAUGGAUAGAACAACUCCGCCAAUGCCAGCACCUCUCCGAAAAUGACAUGACCAUCCUCUGCGACAGAGUCAAAAGCAUCCUCCUCGAGGAAUCCAACAUCCAGCCUGUCUCCAGUCCAGUCACCAUAUGCGGGGACAUCCACGGCCAGUUUUGGGAUCUCAUUGAGUUGUUGAGGAAGGGUGGAGAGGUUCCGGAGACGAGUUAUAUCUUUAUGGCACGUAGGUUUUUGGUUUGCGUUGAGUUGGGCGAUUUUGUGGAUAGAGGGCACUACAGUUUAGAAACUGUCUCCCUGCUAUUCGUUCUCAAAGCCAGAUACCCAGAUCGCGUUACCCUACUACGAGGAAACCACGAGAGUCGGCAGAUUACGCAGGUUUAUGGGUUCUAUGAUGAAUGUCAGCAAAAGUAUGGCAGUGGGACGGUGUGGAAGGCGUGUUGUAGCGUUUUUGAUUUUCUGAGUAUCGCAGCGAUCAUAGACGGCUCAACAUUCUGCGUCCACGGGGGUCUCUCGCCCGACAUCCGCACCCUCGACCAAAUCAGAGUCCUGUCCCGCUCGCAAGAGAUCCCGCAUGAAGGCGCAUUCUGCGACCUGAUGUGGUCAGACCCGGACGAUAUCGAGUCGUGGGCUGUCAGUCCACGCGGGGCGGGGUGGUUAUUCGGGGGGAGUAUUGCGCAGGAGUUCAACCACAUAAACAACCUCUCCAUCAUCGCCCGCGCACACCAACUCGUCCAAGAAGGCUACAAAUACAUGUUUGACGAGCAACUUGUUACUGUGUGGUCUGCGCCUAAUUAUUGCUAUCGAUGCGGCAAUAUGGCAGCGAUAAUGACAGUACACGAGGACGGGGGGAGGUCGUUCAAGGUGUACGAUGCGGCGGAGGAGAACGAGAGGGAUAAAGGUGGUAGGAGGAUCUCGUUUGCGAGGGGGUUGGAGUUUUCAAAAGGGAUUGGAUUUGAGGGAAUUUGGAUUUGGAUUUCUUGGUGGACGUUUUGA